GUUCAAGAAGUGUUUCACAAAGGGCUUAUGGAUCCCCAGAACCGUGACAGGCUCCAGAAAGCAUGUCAAGAAUCAGAACCUUACAAACAUUGUGCAAUUGAGCGCCUGGUGAAUGAUGAGUUGCUGCGUAAAGUGUACGAAGAAAUAGGAGCCAGUCUACGGUUCACGCUUAAAGAGACUGAUAUCUACAAGGUCAAUCAAACGGGUGAUCUGGUCAACAUGGAUGGAUUGCCGUUGGAAGAAAAGAAUAGGCUCAGGCACCUUUUUGAAUUAAGAAACGCUAUUUAUUCCGACGAGUUCCGUUCUUUUGUAUCCCAAGUUACCGGCUGCGGCCCUCUGUCUCCAAGCAAGUUCGAUAUGUCAAUCAAUACCUACAAUAGCGGCUGUCAUCUUCUCAACCAUGAUGAUGUGAUUGGAACACGACGGGUAUCAUUUAUUCUUUAUAUGCCCAGUCCAGAUGAAGAGUGGGAUCCAUCAUGGGGCGGUGCCCUUGAACUCUAUCCAGUUGUAUCAAAAGGUACACCGGCAAUUGAGCCAACUGUAUCAUUACCACCUAAAUGGAAUCAGUUUGCAAUGUUUACUGUACUGCCGGGUUAUUCGUUUCACUCCGUUGAAGAGGUCGUGGGACAAAAUAAAUCAAGAUUGAGUAUCCAAGGAUGGUUUCAUGUACCACAAUUAGGUGAAAAGGGCUAUGAGACCAAAACAACAGCCGAAAAAUCCUCACUUGAAAUGCUCGAGACCGAAGAAGAAGAAGAACCAUUUGUAUUAUAUAAAGAUCCUCUUGAAGAACAAGAUUGCGCACUAGGACAAGAAGAUAUAUCAGUACUGUCGGAGUGGAUGAACCCUAUUUAUCUUGAAACAAAAUGUCUCGGCCAGAUCUCGGAAAGGUUUAUGGACACUUCUGCAGUCCAGCUUAAGGAUAUUCUGCGACCAGAUCUAGCCGAAUCUCUCAAAAAGCAUUGUCUAGACCAAGACCAACAGGAUGGCUUCACAACCAGUAAUAUGCCCCCUCAUGGUUCUGGAAUACAUAAAGAUUGGAUUGCAAAUGGUCCGCCUGUCCGCCAACGGUUCCUCCGCUCGACAUCCACAUCUAACUUGAAUGGUCUACAAUCCAAGUUACAAAGUGGGGCGUUCCGACGAUGGCUAGCAACGGUGAGCCAGCUGCUUCCAAUUGGUUGCCGGGGAAUGACUCGCCGGUUCCGACCCGGUCAUGAUUACACUCUUGCGACCGCACACUCCAAGGGAAGUGUUUUGGAUAUUACACUUUGUUUAGCCACUUGUCCCACAGAAUCUGCGGCAGAACAGUGGGAGAGCGGUGAAUAUGGAGGGUAUGAAUGCUACAUGGCACCUCAUGAGGGACAGGAUGAUCCUGCAAUCUACAAGGCUUCUUCAGAGGAUGAUGGAGCACUACUAACUAUGCCAGCUGGGUGGAAUGAGAUGGCAAUUGUAUUAAGAGAUGAAGGUGUUUUACGCUUUGUUAAAUAUAUCAGCGCUCGUGCACCAGGUGCUCGUUGGGAUAUUGCUAUGGAAUAUGAAAUCGACCAAGAAGAAGAAGAAGAAGAAGAA